AUGGUUAACGUUGAUGAAUAUGAAGAAUUGAUGAAGCCUAUUAUGAUAGUAAAUCGGAUUAUAUCAGUAUGGCCAGUGGAAGAAAAUGAUGACUCAAUUCUAUCGCGCAUGAGAAUUUUUCAUCGGAUUUUAUUGUUUGUUUUACUGAUAGUCCAAGCGACUGCCGUAACUGCUGAUAUUGUUCAUCACUGGGGUGAUAUGAAGGAAGUCACUGAGUGUGCUUUGAUAACAACCGCUUUCUAUCUUUCUAUUCUGCGACUCAUAGUUUACACUAUCCACGACGGAGAUUUACAAAUAUCUGUUAAAACGAUGAGAGAAGAUUGGAUUCAAUACUCUGGAGAUGAUGAAUUAGCACUAAAAGAAAAAUGUUUACCGAUAUUAAAAUUAGCUAAGAUGUUUAUCAUGACUGUGGGAUCAACAAUUCUCUUAUUUAUGGUGACUCCAAUUUUAGAAGUUAAAGUUCUUGGGAUGGAAGAAAAAAAACUUCCCUUUCGCGGUUUUUUUUUCUCAAACCAAACAAAUUCGCCAGCAUACCAGGGUUUUUACGUGCUAGGAGUCAUAGUAGGAGCUUUCGGAGGAAGUACCAUUGCUGGAGCAACAACUCUCAAUCUUAUACUUGUGAUGCAUGGAUCGGCUAAAUUCUUGGUUGUGCGGAGGAACAUUGAAAAUUUGAAAAAUGACAAACACAAUUCUAUCACCAUCGCUGAUUGUGUAAAACGACAUCAGGAAGCGAUUUUGUUUGCAGAACGAGUUGAGAAUACGAUUAACAUUUUGGUAUUGGGACAGUUUGUGAUAAGUACUGGUCUCGUAUGUUUCGCUGGCUUUCAAAUUACGGAAAUGGCCAAAGACAGAGGUCAGUUGAUGAAGUACACGUCAUUCUUGAAUUCAGCGAUUUUUGAACUAUUUUUAUUUAGCUACAGUGGCCAAGAAUUAUUAACCGAGAGCGACGCUGUAGGCGAAUCCUGUUAUUCAUCGAACUGGGUUGGAGCUGGUUUUACAAAAAGUAUGCAAAUAGUAAUGAUUCGCUCGCUAUCUCCGUGUAAAAUCACAGCCGCUAAAUUUUAUGACAUGUCUUUGGCUAAUUUUUCAUCGAUUCUCAGUUCUUCAUUCUCAUAUUUAACAGUUUUACGGACUAUGGAGGUUGAA